CGCCACGUGCCACGUGGUCUGUCUCCACUCUUCCUGUUUGCUGACCCAAUCCAAGGCGGAUUCUUCAGUCUUUUCAUUCAUUCAUUUUCACGGGAUAGUUAUCCGACACAUCCGAAAGAAACUCCUAAUCGACCGUCAGGUGAGAUUCCUGUUAAAAUGAUUUUCCUUUAAGCAUUAUUAGAAACGGUCACCCAAAAGGUGGAGUUUUAUUCGCGCCACAAUCGAAACACAAAUCUUAAAACAAGUUAAAUUAAAUGUUAACUAAAUGCAAAAAAACUAUGUUUAACUAGAAUAAACAAAUAUUUACACGUGUAAAGAGGCUUGUAGUCUAAUUUAGAUAUACGAUCAUACUUCUAGAUUAUAUUAGCUUAUAAUUUACUUUGUGGUCAAAGAAAAUACACGUCUGGGUAUCAGAAAAUGUACUUUAUUUCAGACGGGGAGUUUUUACUACUUUCUGAUAGAAAAUAAAUAUGUCAAUUCGAUAAAUAGUUUUGCCCCAUGCGGGAAUGAGUCACUUCCUUAUUUUAUCAAGGCGCCAAAAUUGAACUGAAAGCGCGCUAUUUUGUAGUGGAAAUGUGAAUUCAUUAAAAACAAACGAUCAUCCUGAAAUGGAUGGACUUUAUUUAGGUCUGAAUUGAAACAGUGGUAGGAACCGGGAUAAUUACAUCGUGUUUAUUAUUGCCGUCAGAUUUUUCAACAACACAUCCAUGCAUACAAUAUAUUAAAACCAUUUCAGCUCCACAGUAAUAAUUUCUGUAAGAUACAUAUAAAAAAUAUGACGGACCUAAUGAUUUCUGACAAAACCUCAUUAAAAAAUGCUUUAUGUUACUUAGAAGGCAUAAAACAUUUACAUGAUCACUGCAUUCUCUUUUAUAAAAUCAAAUUAGUGUGCCGGUUUUUAGUUUUCAGAAAUUAAAUAUAACAAACUUUUACUACUAAAAAUGUUGCAGGUUGAUAGCAGAAGUUUUAACUUCAACAAAAAUGAAAACAUUAACGGACGCUUUCAUUUCCUUAUAAGCUUUGGUCCUUAGAAUAAACACUAGAUUUGUCCUAAAAACACAUGCAUUCCAAAAAAUGAGAAGUUUUGGUUUUGAUUCUUUUAAUGAACAGAGGAAAGAAAAAUGUAAUUUUAAGUUGUUGAACCGAUCAGGUGUAAAAUACUGAUUGUUAAUAUUUUCCUUAUUGAUUUGUAACAUAUUGUAAAUUAAAUAUAGUUGAUUUUGGGGCAACUUCAUACUGUCAAGUUGCAAAAUUAUGCUUGUUUUUAUGAGUGGAAGAUUUAUAAUGAGCUACUGUUCUCUAAAUACACUUUAAUAUCUUACUUAGGAUUUGCCUGUUUGCAGAGGAGCGACAGAAGCAGCAAAAUGUGGAAUGAAAAGAAGCAAAGUUCACCUUCUGAUCGUGGUCAGAUUGUUGCCAUCAUCAUCUUCAUUCUCGGUCUGGAAAGUCUGCUGCCCUGGAACUUCUUCAUCACCGCCUCACAGUACUUCAACAUGCGGCUGAAUGAAAGCGUCUCCUCUAACGGUACAUCAGGCCCGGUGCAGAGAAAGUACAACUAUGACAGCUGGAUGGUUUUGCUCUCCCAGCUUCCUCUGCUCCUCUUCACUCUGCUCAACUCGUUGCUCUAUCAGUGGGUGAAGGAGCGUCUCCGCGUGGCCUUCAGCCUGGUCGUCAUCUUCCUCCUCUUCGCCCUCACUGCCGGCCUGGUCCAGGUCGACAUGCAGCCCGACAGCUUCUUUUCGGUCACCAUGGCAACAAUUUGGUUCUUCAACGUGUUCAGUGCGGUGCUGCAGGGCAGCCUCUUCGGGAUGGUCGGCCUGUUUCCUCCUCGUUACAGCACCGUGUUCAUGAGCGGUCAGGGACUGGCUGGGAUCUUCGCUGGUGUCGCCAUGCUGUGCUCCAUCAUGAGUAAAAGUGACCCAAAGUCAGCUGCUUUGGGAUACUUUGUCACUCCAUGUUUGGUCACGUUAGGGGCUCUACUCUGCUACCUGCUGCUGCCACACCUGGAAUUUGCUCAUUAUUAUCUGAACAGAAAUCAGGCUGUCAAACUGGACAAAUCUAAUAAGCUCCUCAGCAACACAGACAAAACAGCCUUAAAUGGGAAUGUAAAAGAUCUGGAGGUGAGAGGAGUCCCAGAGGAGAGUAGCGAACGGUCUUCUGUCUUUGCCGUCUUUAAAAAGAUCUGGCUGAUGGCUCUGUGUGUGACGUUUGUGUUUGCCGUCACGCUGUCGGUGUUUCCGGUCAUCACAGUCCGAGUGAGGACGGUCUACACGAAGGACGCUGACUGGGACAAAGUGUUUACGUGUGUCUGCUGCAUUCUUGUUUUUAACAUCAUGGAUUUGGCCGGCCGCAGCGCCCCGUCUCUCUUUCAGUGGCCGUCCAAACAGAGCCGUCUGUUUCCCGUCGCCGUUCUGUCCCGUCUCAUCUUCAUCCCUCUGCUCAUGAUGUGCAACAUUCCCAACUCGAAGCUCACCGUCCUCUUCAGACACGACGGCGCCUUUGUUGUCAUCAUGGCUCUGUUCUCCUUCUCUAACGGCUACCUGGCGACCCUCUGCAUGGCCUACGCUCCACAGUGAGUACUGAACCAGAACCAGGAAACAUUAGACUCACUCAGUCUUCUGACAGCUGUAAAACCUAAAACCUCACAUCAUUUUUAUUGAUGGCUUUCUAAACAUUUAAGUAAUCUUGAUGUUUUACUCAGAGUGCUGCGUAGCUCCAAGCUCUUUUCUGUUAGAUGAAACUUCAGUCAGCUCCCUUUAUCCACCAAACUCUCAAACUAACUACAAACCACCGGCUGCUACGAGAUUCUCUUAUCAUAACCGUGAGUAAAAAUAAUACAGAUGCAAUAAUUUCUACUGCAGUAAAUUUGAUAAAGCAUUUCAAAUGUUAUCUGUGGCAUAAAUCUGUUAUUUUGAAGUUUAGAUUUAAGCAAAAAUGAUAUUAAGCAUCAGCUAAAUGUAGCUGGGAAGAUCUUGGAAAGGUAAGGUUUGAAAAUCAGACACUUUUCAAAACACACUUCCUGCGGAUGUGACCAGAUUUUUCUCUUGCUUACGACAAGGAUGGAUACGGAUGUUUACAAAUAUUUAUCAGACAAUGUGAAGGGUCUAAAUUUUAGGCUAGUUUACUAUGUCAGUAGUUAGUGAAAUAGUAAACACAGAAAGAUAUUUCCCCGUUUUUAGUGAAAUUAUGGGAAAGAUUAUUUUAAUGAAAUAAUUUGCCAAUAAAACUAGAACUUUUUCAUAAAUUA